UCGUGGACCCCUUCAAUGUUCUCCGACCAGCUCUGCGUGAUCAUGUUCACACUACCGACAAUGCAGUUCAGUACUGGGAGCGUACAAUGAAGGAGUCCAAGGCAACAUACACAAAGAUCAAGCCUCACCAGAUCAACAUCUCAAACCUAGUUGAGCUACAGAUCGCUUUCACAGUGGUUCGCCUUCCCCGACAGGAGUACGUCUUUGUUCCUAAGCUAUGUUCGAUCUGUGUUCUAGACCGUACUGUCGAGAAGGUGACUUUGACAAAGCGUGCCAAGUCUCCCAGACGUCCUUUGAAGCGCAAGGUCGGCUACGGCGACAGCGAGGAAGAUGACACAGACUCUGUGUUGAAGCGUAUGCGCUUGGACAAUAGUGACUUGCAGGACAGUGCAGUUGUAUCUCAGACAGAUGUGCCUAUGGCUGGGUAG